CCUCUUCCACUCUACAGCAGGACUUAAACGCGUCGUUGCUAUGGCAUCCGCCUGCCUGAGUCUGUUCAAUGGUUGAAACGCGCUCAUUCUCCUGAACCUGGAGCGUCUUGUGUUGGGUCAGUGUACCGGAGGAGCGUGUCGCCUGAACGCAGCUGCGCGAGACCUGGGAGAGGGUGGGGGGUGGCACACCUGAAAACAGAUGGAGGGAUGGUGUGAAAUUGUCUAACUACGGCUUCACCUUGUCAACCGGGCAGCGCGCUUUGCUAAACUCCUCUGACCCGGUGAUGUGAGGAGGUAACCGGGGUUAGAGAGACGUCUCUCUCUGCUUUAUUUCUCUUUAAGUGAAGGACAAUGUCGACGCGACAGUCCCGGCUUUUGUUCGUGCGGCCGUGGACGCACGGAUCUGAGUUUGAUCCGGUUCCUUCUCCUUGAAUCGUGGACAGGAUGACGUGCCGGCCGCCCCGCAGCGACCCUCGUCUGUGCGUCCUGCUCUGCUGCGCGGUGCUCGCAGUCUGCGCUGCAGCUUCCAGUACCGGAGCUGGUGUGUGUCAGUCGCCCGGUGUUGCCUCAUGCACAGACUGCCUCUGCCGUGGACCUCAGUGCGCCUGGUGCUUCCAGAAGGACUUCCUGUACGGUUCUGAGCCCAGCCGUCGCUGUGACCUGCCAGAAAACCUACGCAGGAGAGGCUGCGGGUCAGAGUUCAUAGAGCAGUCUGAGGUCAAGGUGGAGAUCAACGCUACACUCAGUGGCACGCAGGUGUCACCACGAGGCAUCAGUAUCACCCUGAGACCUGGGUCUCAAGCCAGUUUCAUGGUAGCGGUGAAGCAGCUGCAGCGCUAUCCUUUGGAUCUGUACUACCUGGUGGACGUAUCAGCCUCUAUGCAGGAAAACCUCAAUCAUCUGAAGACGGUCGGCGUGGCGCUGUCUCUUCGUAUGACGGAGCAUACCUCAGACCUCUGGCUGGGUUUCGGCUCGUUUGUUGACAAACCCGUCUCCCCUUACAUCAGCGUCCAUCCUUCUAAGAUCAACAACCCCUGCAGCGAUUACGAGAUCCGCUGCCGUCCGGCCCACGGUUUCCAUCACGUCCUCAGCAUGACAGGCAACAUGAGCGAGUUUACGCGUGUGAUCAAACGCCAACGCAUCUCUGGGAACAUGGACACACCUGAGGGAGGCCUAGACGCCAUGCUGCAAGCUGCCGUCUGUCAGAAUGCGGUGGGAUGGCGGCCAGAGGCGAAGCGUCUGUUGCUCCUGAUGACCGACCAGCCAUCUCACCUCGCCCUGGACAGCAGACUAGGGGGGAUCGUUGUCCCACACGAUGGCCAGUGUCACCUGGAGAACAACGUCUACACUGGAAGCACCAGGAUGGACCAUCCCAGUUUGGGCCAGCUGUCUGACAAGCUACUAGAAAACAACAUUCACUCAGUCUUUGCAGUGGAGAAGCAGCAGUAUCAGUGGUAUGAGGAACUUGUCCAGCUGCUUCCUGGGUCCUACUUGGGAAAGUUGGGUAUCUUCCAGGCUCCAAACCUUAUAGAUCUGGUGGUGGAUGCAUACAAGAGGUUGCUGUCAGAGGUUGCAGUGUCGGUGUCAGUGGAGGACUUGGCACUCAGCAGGUUCUGGGUGUCCGUCUCUCCUAUUUGCCCCCAAGGAUCCACCAGAAAGGACCAAAGCUGCUCAGGAGUGCAGCCAGGCCAGACGGUCUACUUCAACAUCACCAUUGGCCAACACGCCUGCUCUGCUGAUGGUAAAGACAACGAUGUAGUGGUGCUGGUUCACCCAGUGGGUUAUAAUGAGUCCACCGUCGUCAGAGUCCACUCCAAAUGUGGCUGCAAGUGUAGACCAACAGGACGCUGUAAUGAAGAUGUCCAGUCACCCUGCAGCAGUCAGGAGCUCAGACCAGAUCACGGACAUUUAAAAGACCUAAACAUUGAUCCGAACAGGAGCUGCAGAGCAGAUGGGUGGAAUGUAGACUGUAGCAGCCGUGGAGUGUGUGAAUGUGGGAAAUGUGUCUGUGAGCAGAGCAGACUUGGGCUGAUCUUCGGGAAAUACUGUGAGAUGGAUGACUUCUCCUGCCCGUACAAUCGGGAGCUUCUGUGUGGUGGCCACGGAGUGUGUGUGUCAGGGGAAUGUGUAUGCCAGGAAGGGUGGACGGGUGAAAGCUGUGGAUGUCCCACCUCCCCAACAACCUGCCAGUCACCAGAUGGCUUCAUUUGCAGUGGGCAGGGCAAGUGUGUGUGUGGCAAGUGUGUGUGUGAUGACCCUCAACAUUCUGGAGAGUUCUGUGAAGGAUGUCGCAUUUGCCAAAUCAAACGGGAGAUUUGUAAGAACGUGGACUGCUCCCACUCACUAAAAGGAGCGGAGCACUGCAACAUCACCUGUGCUCAAUUGGUUGGCCCCAUAGAGGAUCUAUCAGAGCGUGUCAGCAGCGGCCGACUGCUUGGAACGUUCCUGAGUGUAUGUGUCCUGACGGUGCUGUGUGGCCUGGUGGUGGUGGCGGUGUCACAGCUACUGAUGCAGAAGAGGGCGAGGUCACCAGGGGGCGCCUCUGCAGAGGGAGGCUACCACUGCACUGGGAAGGAUGUGUCCUAUAUCCCUACAACCAAUGAGAAAACGGUGACCUACAGGAGGGACCGCCCACCCGACCACCUUCUGGAGAUGCACAUACAGGUCCCUAAGAUGCCCCUGGGUGACCUCUGGCAGUACUGACAGCAGGAGCUAGACAUGGACAUCUGAAGGGAAGCAGCAAGGACACUCGAAAGGAGAGCUUGACCUAAAAACUUAUUUUCUUCUUAAAGGGGCCAUAUCAUGCAAAAUCCACCUUUUGGAGCUUUUUACCAUGUGGUAUUGUUUCCUCGUGAAAAAAUAACCCCAACCUCGUUUUUGGCUGCAUUCAUGCAUUUUCCUGUCUCAGCGGCAAGUUUUCAGAUUCUUGACGGACCCACAUAACCGUCUCCGUGAAGCUGGUCCCGGUCUGAAACACGCCUGCCCUGGAAGGAGGACGCUAAUGCCCACUCUCUCUGAGUUGUGAGAAUAGACCAGUUGAUUUUAUUGCUGCAGCUGAAAAUGUUUAGUCUGACCUUCAAGUCACUAAGUACUGCUUUAAACCUCCACCGGUACCAAAGGGAAUUUUCUGACAAAUGACUUCUGCGUUGGGGAUAAACACUGUCGUAAAAACAUGUGUUCUGUCCACAAAAACACACGUAAUGGCCAGCUCAGGAUGUGUGUGUUAGGUGACUAGAACUUUAUAAUAGCUGUGGUGGUUUAGUGGAUAGAGCACCUGCCUUGCGUGCUGAUUGGUUAGCACCUUACAUCAACUCUCCGUCUCAGCAGUAGCAGUCUUUUUUAGCUACACUUGCCAGUGUUACGCUUUCAGCGCUUUAUUGGGAAACAGUUUUAAAUAUAAGACUAAUCUUUUUUUUUCACUUUUUUUGUUUAGCCAGUGGGAGUCCAUGUGAGGUGAGCAGAGUAGAUCGCUGCUUGGAAAUGACCAAAUUCAAAGAUCUUUAGAGACACAAAACAUUUAGCAGAAAAUAAAACAAAAAAUAUAAGAAUUGAAAUCUGCUUCUGCUGGCUAAACUAAUUACUGUCAACACCGGGAGUCGUACAGGUGUCGGGACAUGCAGAAAGAAGGCAACAGGUAGAUGCUUUAACCGCUAGACCACCAUGCAGCUGUUGUACGGACAUUUUAUCAGAGACGGUGUGGACGGAGCACCAGGCGUUUUCUUCCUAUUCGUUGCUUCUUUGUGGCCAACGUUUUUGCGGAUUAUGUCAUGAAUGGGUGGAGUUCACAUGGGUGGAGGCGGGGUUUCACUUAAUGCAAGCAUUUGAGUUCCAGGUGCAAGUACAGGAAGACAAAAGUAACUAAUAUUAAAGAUAAAAGGACAUCUCAGUAGUGCCAACGGUAAUAUUUGAUCAUAUGUUGUGCCUGCCUUUGCUCUCAAAGGUUUAGAAUAGCAUGAUCUGGCUCCUUUAAAUAAUGGUGAUCGAGCUACAUGUGGACUACCCGAGGAAGGUAGAUCAGACUGUGAAGCCUCCAUGAAAUCAGAUUUGACCAAGCUAGUACAACUCCAGUGGCCAGUAUCCUCUGAUUCGUGAUUUCAAAAAGCACAAAGGCCCUCACUGAUUCCUCCUCAGGGUGCUGACUAUUUCUACAGAAGAAUAGAUGAUUAUUUGUUGAUUUUACUGUUUGAGCCAUAUGCUCUAACUUGUGUGUGUGUGUGUUUGUGCGCGCGAGCUCUAUUUAUGACGUAAUUGUGAAAACACUACAUUUUAGAUGUUUAAGAGACCUCCAACUGCAUCGUCUCUCUGUCUUUGUCUGCCCUCGUGUGGUCAAUACGAGGUAUGACAUGUUUUCCCUAGACAAACUGACCUCUGAUCUGGUGCCUUGGUGACACCAGUGACUCUCAAUGCCUUUAUUAUUACCUUUUCCAAGCCAUUUGUGGGAUUAUUCUAGUGUUUUAAAUGUUCUUUUGUCUUGUUACAAUCGAUCCCAUUCGCAAAUAAUGUAUUUAAAUUUAGUUUCCGUCUAAUGAAAAACUGCUGCAUGUUCUUUACAGUCUGGUGAAACUUGUACUCGUUGUGUUGUACUACUGACAACUGGGACAGGAGAGCUGUGGCAGUGUCUGUGAGCUCAUUUGGGGCAUUAGAAGUCAUCUGUGUGCAUCUGAAGCUAACAAGUCCACCUGAACACUGGAAGACUCUCAUUCAUAUUUGUGUGUAACCAAACAGAAGAAGGUGUGACCUCAUUGCCAUGCCCCUGAUGAUUCCAAAACCAUCUAAACAAGUAGAAGAUUUAAAGCAGGAAUCUGCUUUUUCCACGUGGACGUUCAUGCUACAGAGAUCGCCAGAAUCCUGAGUGAGAAGAAAGCUUCUUCUCAUGGGUUAACUUUUUAGAGCUUUCUAGAUUUACUGUAAAAUGGGAAACACUACUCGUUGUUUGUUUUGAUCAUGCUGUAGGAUAUUUGAACUCAUUAGUAUUACUGGAUGAUGGAUAUGCAGGUAUUUAUAUAGGCUGUGGACAGUCUAACCUUAAGAGGUAUUUAGCAAUAAGGUACCUUUGUUAAUCAUCUCAUCUGUUUUGGUACUGACUUGUGUUUUUGUUUGAGUUCUUUAAGUUAAAGCAGCGUCUCUAGAUUGUAAUUUAAUGUUACUGUUUGACAGUUUAUAUAAAAUAAAACGUGCAGAUUUUUCUCUUUUAA